UUAAACGCCAUUGCCAUUUGCUCCAAACGCAAACGCAGGCAGCUCGACCGCUUGGAUAUUUAUACAGCUCUCAUCGUACUUUUUAUAGUAAAUAGUAUUAUUGGUGUCAAGAGGUUCGCGACAUGAAGCACAACUCGAACGUCCCGGCGUUCCUCACCAAACUGUGGACUCUGGUGGAGGACGCGGACACCAAUGAGUUUAUUUGCUGGAGCCAGGAGGGGAACAGCUUCAUGGUGCUGGAUGAACAGCGCUUUGCCAAAGAGAUCCUCCCGAAGUUCUUCAAACACAACAACAUGGCUAGCUUCAUCCGACAGCUCAACAUGUAUGGUUUCCGGAAAGUUCUGCACAUUGAUACAGGGAUUGUGAAGCAGGAGAGAGAUGGUCCAGUGGAAUUUCACCAUCCUUACUUCAAACACGGCCAGGAUGAGCUGCUGGAAAACAUCAAGAGAAAGGUUUCAAAUGCUCGGCCAGAAGAAAACAAGAUCCGACAAACCGACCUGACAAAUAUUUUGGCCACUGUCCAGAGUGUUCACUGCAAACAAGAGGACAUCGAUGUACGCCUGGCCACACUCAAGAGAGAGAAUGAAGCUCUGUGGACAGAGAUAUCAGACCUCCGACAGAAACAUUCCCAUCAACAGCAGCUUAUAAAAAAGCUCAUACACUUUCUCCUCACGCUGGUACAGAACAACCGCAUCCUUAAUUUAAAACGGAAACGGCCUUUUCUUAUGAACAGCAAUGGCAAGAAGUCAAAAUACAUUCAGGAGUUAUAUGAUGAUAAAGUGAGUGUGGAGCAGCCCUCUGUCAACGGUUUGAACAAUGUCACAAGCUCGGACAAUAGUGAAGACGUCAUCAUUUGUGACUUCACAGACGUGGUCGAUGCCGAUUUGUUGUCGGAGGCUGCGCAGGGUUCAUCCAAAGGUUAUGACCACAGUGAUGUUGAGAUAGUGGAGGUCAACCUGAACAGUGGAGGGUUGCCUGCAGAGAUGGAGGUCAGCACAGCAUACACAGAGCCCAGUACACAGAGCCAGCCCUCCCCAGUGAAAAGCACUCCCAUCAGUGCGGCGCUGCAGCUCAACAAACAGUGCGCCCUCAGCCAGGAGGACCCAGUCAAGCUAAUGGACUACAUACUCAAAGAAAACGGAGCCAUCUCGCAGAAUAUUAGCCUACUGGGCAAGCUGGAGCUGAUGGAUUAUCUGGAUAGCAUUGACUGCAGUCUGGAGGACUUUCAGGCAAUGCUGGGCAAACCCUUUGGUGUAGAUCAUGAGGAAAGUGUUGGAUCCAAACAGAGCACUGGGCUGCUGGACCAAUCAAAGACUGAGGUCAACACAGAUAAGCAGCUGAUCCAGUAUACUUCAUGCCCUUUGAUGGCUUUCCUUGAUGGUUGCUCUGCCCCUCCAGACCUGGACCUGGCUUCAGGUCCAAGCUCCACUUCCAUGAGUAACCAACAGGAGGCGAUCAUCACGCCAGCAGAACAGGUAGACAAGCUGCCGUCUGAGCUGUUGGACUGUGUGGACUCGGUGCAGCCCAGACACAGCUCUCUGAUCCGCCUGGAGCCCCUGACUGAAGCAGAGGCUAGUGAGGAGACCCUGUUCUACCUGUGUGAGCUGAGUCCUGGGCUGGAGGCAGAUUCAACUCCAGUGGAGGCCAUGUAAGCAGCUCAGCCUCACGGACACUGGCCUGGACUGGGGCCACAAGUUUGUUACAGAAUCUCACUUCUCUUGAAUGCACAUAAAAGUGAAAAAUCACAGUAGAUUACUAGUUACUGCUUCAAGACGGCAUUCCAGUGUGACUCUCUUGACCAUUUUUUGCCUGUCAAAAUUGCAUAAUACAAAAAACCAACAGUCAAUUUUGUCCAGGGUCCAGUAGUGUAUAUGACAUUUUCAUAGUUGGCUAUAAAGAUUUCAAUACUUGCUGUCAUAGUAUCUCUUGAACACUAUAAAUUCAUUACUCCUAUGUUGUCGGCCCACUCAGUGCCAGGGCAUUUGUGGUUCAUGGACUCUGCUGCCACUGUGGUCUUUGUUUGGUUUUUACAGUAGCUUUUUUUUUUUUUUUAGUUUAUUACAGCUGUGGCUCUCAAAUGUUGACUAUUUUAGACUUAAAGGAAUGACAGUGUAUGUCAUUUCAACAUGAUUUUUUUUCUACAUCUAGACAUGAUCUGGACUAAUAGACUUCAUACAUAUUUGGUAAUAUUUUAUUCCAAGGUGGACACAAAUGAGCAGUGGAUCUAGCAAUACAGCACCUGUCUUUUGUUCCUGGACCAAUCCUUUUUGAGGGUCCUUCUUCAUUUGGAUGCAAAACAAGUCUAUGGAUUUGUUUCACUAGCUAUUUUUGUCAUACCAGGUACAUAAAAAUUAAUAGUCACCAGUCUCUUCAGGUUUGAGUCUACCCUCGAUGACUAGAACAGUCAUACAAACUCACAUUUUAUUUCACUUUAUUUUAUUGGUUCAAGCGCUUUGUAAAGUGUCAGUGUCAAUAGUUAUGUGUUCUGCAUAUAAUUUCAUGAGAAACCUGGCUUUAAAUAACCGUAGUAUGUUGCAGUUUUUUCAAAUAUAUUACAUUGCAAUACAAAUGUUGGUAUUUUAUCAUUUAAAGCUUUAAAGCUACCAUCUGUAAGUUUAUUUGAUUUCUCUGAUGGCAGAUAGGAAAACUGGCACCUUUGUUUAGGCUCACUUGUGCCCUCUGGUCUUCUUGUCAGUCCAAAGGGGGCAUACAGUCAGAGCAAUCUAGUUGGUGUCUAGUGGUGUUAUGUGAGAAUACAACGGGGGUUUGGCCAAUUUAGUUACAACUGGUAACUUUAAAGUGUUAAAAUACAAAGAACAUAUGUGGACAGUGCGAUCACAAAAUCGAUAAACUUGCCUUGUUUGUCUGCUACAACUCUGAAUAUCCGUAUAUCAAGUGUUGAGGACUCUUGUUGAAACCUUGUCCAAUGUCUUCACUUGGUGGUAAUAAUUUACAUUGUAAAAUGUGUGGUAAAAUAUCACUAUUAUCAAUGUGAUAUAAAAUGUGAUUGCAAAAAUAAAGUUGUAAAUACUUGGUUUCA